GUCAACUUACGGCAAGCGUGCGCUGUUUCUGAUAACUUUUACGACUCGUGCAAGCUUUCCUCCGUAACUCCGUUCAACGCCGUCGGUUCGAGUGCUGAUGCUAAUGGCGUGCUCUGAGGCCUGCGCCGCCGCCGGCGCGCCGGUGGUAUCGACCUAUGAGCCCAAGGGCACUUUCGAGAGGGCUGGCAGCACCGAGAUCUACCAUAGCGGCUCGGGCGCCCUGGGCCUGGUAAUGGUCCCAGAUGUGUUCGGGUUUGCACACAAGCAGGUCUUUCAGGUUGCCGACCGCUUCGCCGAUGCCGGCUUCAAUGUGUGUGUCAUGGACCCCUUCCACGGAAACCCCUGGCCCAUGGACAAGUUCCCGCCCAAGCCGGAGCACGACUUCCAGGGCUGGCUAACGCGCGAGGCGGGCUGGGGCAAGAUGCGCCCCCACGUCCACGAUGUGGUGGCCAAGCUGAAGGAGGGCGGCGCCUCCAAGUUCGGUUGCAUUGGCUUCUGCUGGGGCGUCAGCAUCGCCAUGCAGGCCGGGCAGGAGACGACGUUCAGCGGUGUGGGCGGCGCGCACCCGGCGCUGUUUGGCCAUGACCUCGACUACACAGAGAAGGUCCAGUGCCCCGUGGUUCUCCUGCCGGCACAGGGAGACGCGGACACUGCGCCCAUCAAGAAGAUCCUGGACCGGCGCCCGUACGGCUCCAAGUGCGUGUACCAGCGCUUUGACGACCAGACACACGGCUUCGUGGCGGCACGCGGCGACUGGACCAAGCCGGAGGUGGCGGCGGCCGCCGGCAAGGCCAUCGGCAUCAUGGCGGACUUCCUCAAACACGCCAUGACCGACCCCCCGGCUGAGGCCAGCAAGAACUGCGGCGGCGGCGCGGCGGCGGCGGUGGUUGAACACGGCCACGGCCACCACGGCACCCGCAACGCCAACCACCCCGGCCAUGGCCAUCACGGCAUCGGUCAUGGCGUUGGCCACAAGCGGAACAUCUAGUGCUAGCGCUGAUGACCUGGUGACAACUGACAACAGGGUUCAGGUGCUCGGCGAAGCGCAUAUGGUGCGUGUGCAUUAAGACGACCAGGACCGCAGCGUGCGCUCUUCGUGAUAGAUCUGCAGCAUGCACAUGUCGGAAAGCGUUGGCAUCAGGUGGUGCAUUCUUGUGUGGAAAACGUGUGGGAGCUGCGUGGGAGAUUCUUGUGUGUAGCGCGUUGGCGUGUGCGUCAUGGCGCAGAGGGCGGUGUGCGUGUCUUGGCCAUGGUGGGCGCCCAACGGUAGCCACCUGCGCGAUCAUGCCCACCCAUCAGUCCCACCCCGCCUCUGUAAACUCAGUAACUUCAGA